UUGUGUGUGUGUGCACAUAGGUAAUAAGCUGCUCCGCCACUGCGCAACGAUGGAGCUAUCGCAACGAUGGAGAUGACGCAAACAGACCCAGCUCUCCGAAAAAGUGUUUCAAGACGAACAUGGCGGCAACUUAACCGCGGUCCAAGAUGACAAUGGCCAACGGGAGAAAUGAUUCUAGGCUUUCCGCCCAGGUACGGGAAAGAGAAACCAGCCUGUGUGCAUCGAAAGGACUCGUUGCUCUCCUUUAAGUGAAUCUGCAAACCGAACGGCGGCAGACGCGCAGCAUCAGUACCAAGAGGCUCGCAACAGCUGGUCUCCCUGCGCCCCCGACAAGAGAACAAACCCGGGGAGGGACGUUAGAAAGAGGGGGGCAUGCGGUCAAAGAGGACGCCGUUUCCCCCCGGAGAGCCAUGGAGAACCGGGAUGCGGCAGCGCUAAGCUUAAUCUGUGCGGGCGCGCUAAUUGGAUCGGAAUAGCACCGAUUGCUGCGGGCGCGAUAGAGGAGCGCCCUGGACCGGCGGAGGCACGGCACCCCACCGUUACAGAGGAGAACCAACCGGAGUCCAUCCCCCCCCAAGUCAAUGAGUAUUGUGGCAGAGCAGCCCCCGCGGUGGAGUCGGCCAGGGCAGCACUUUCCUAAAAUAUGACCAGGGGUGCUUGGAUGCGUCGGCAGCAUGAUGAAGGCUUAAAAUACUGGUUUGCACCCCGAGAGAACGAGAAGCCAUUUACCGAGUCGGAGCGGGCCCAGAGAUGGCGACUGUCGCUGGCCUCUCUGCUGUUCAUCACCGUCCUGCUCUCUGAUCACUUGUGGUUCUGUGCCGAGGCGAAACUAACGCGAACCCGAGACAAGCGAUCGGACGAGGGGCUUGCAAUUACGGACAUGGGCGAGUACCCAAACUCCCUCCACCGACACCAUAUCCCAACAUCACCUGACCCCCACCGUCUCGCCAGAGAGCAAGAUGUUAUUUUUCUAGGGAAUUCUACCAAACCUCUGUGGCGAAUGGACACCUGUCACCCCGACAGCCUGUCCAAAGACUGCUUUACUUUCACGGACGCGAAGACCGUGUGCCUGGGCCUCUCCGGUGGAGGGGAAAAGGGGACACAGUUGGCGUACGUGAAUCUGAGCGAUUUGUACCUUUCUUUUUGUAAUUCCUACUCACUUUUGGAUUUGUUUUACGGGUUUACGAGUCCGGACGAUUUGAAUUGCACCCUGGAUAUGGCCAUGGGGGGAUGCAGUGAGUGUGUCCGGGCUUAUCAGCGUCUUGACCAGCAGGCGGAGGAGAACUACCGGGAGUUUGAACUGCUGGUUCAGAAAUACGAGACAGAUGCAUACUCGGUUAGGACGUGCAUGGAGGAAUGCAAGAUGGUUUAUAAGCCCUGGCUGUGUUCUCAGUACUUCCAGACAACCCAGAUGCACUGCAGUAAGCGAAUCCCCUGUGGUCAGUACUGCCUGGAGGUGCAGCAGCGGUGCCCCUUCGUCCUGCCCGACAAUGAUGAUCUCAUUCAUGGAGGCAGCCCCAGUUUUAUAUGCACAGGGCUGCUGGAAGACUAUCCAUCAGGUGUGGACCCAGAUGCAGAGUGCUGUGACGUGCGGUGGGACUUGAAAGUGGACAACCGUUCCCGGGGGACCCUGAAAAGAACUCACCCGCCAUGCCAGCACCGUACCUCCCUCAGCUCCUCGGCAGCCUGCAGACUGUGUAACAGCCGGCUCAAACUCUGCCUGCUGGUCCUCGUCCUCCUACACACUGUUGCCAGCCUCACUGCAUCCCACAAUGCAACAGGACUGGGCCUCCCCGCCAUCACGCCUCUGGAGGAGAGCCCUGCCAAUGAGGAGUGAUAUAGCUGCCAGGAAGAGGGGAGGUUGUUGGGGUGGGGGAUUCCCUCACCAUGGCAACCAAUAUGGAAAAAUACAGCCACAGUUGCGAACGGCUGGAGCUGUGUGCCUGUGGACAUUCUGCAACGUUUUCUGGCAAAUGGAAAAUGUGGGACGCUUUGAGACGAAAGACACACAAAUCAAUCAAAACAAAUAAAUAAGCAACAGACAUACUAAGGGACUCAACCAGUCCCUUAGAUAGAAAGGGGACAAUGCCACAGCCUUUGUUGAGUGGGAAGGUCAGCUUCCUCAUGGCUGAGUUUCUCUCACUACGCUUUUUUACACUGUGUUCCAAUUAUUGGUUUCUGUUGCACUGGCUGACUAUGGAAUAACACAAUCAUAUUCUCUUUCUAAUGUUCAUCCUUUGUGUUUGUUUCUGGGUCUCUCAUACAGGAAGAAAUGUGCUCUCUAAAUAAGAUAGAUAAAGUGUAAAAAAAAAUAUUAGCUGCAAGGUUGUGUGUGAUGGUUUUUGUUUCUAGAUUUACUGUGUGUGUGUGCGAGCAUGUGUGGGUGUGUGUGUGCUUGUAUGCAUGUCUUUACACGUGUGUAUGUGUGUGUAUGACAGGAUGAGUGUGUGUUGCUGACAUGUGCCCUAAAAGUCUACCUGGUGCAGCGAUGAUGUUUUUAUGGAGGCCCCCUCAGAUGUCACUUAGCUCUGCCAUGCUGGUUUGUUGGCCACAAUCCCAUUAAAACUUCACUGGGUUUUUAAUGUGGUUCUGAUGUCCAUAAAAAGCACUGUGUUUAACACAGGUUUAUGGUUUUCCCUCACUUUGUUUUGUGAGAUAAUAUUUCUGUAAUUAGCAUCAGUUAAAAGCUAACACCUGGCUAAACUGUGAAAACAUCAGGAACAAACAGAAUGCAUUCCUCCAAUGUCACCAACACUCAAAGUCUCAAAGGAUGUCUCAAUUUUAUUAUAACUUGAGUCUUCUUUUCAUAGUUUUAACCAUGACUCCUAUCACAGCACUGUCCUCACCGUAGUUAUUGCUUUCAGAGAUUGGGACGACACUGAUAAAAUAAAGUCUGACACAGGAAAAGACACAAGCAGUCAGUUUAGCCAAACUUAUUUGGAAGAUAAAUGAAGGCUGAGUGCACGCACACAGUUUUUUCUUGUGCAAUGAGAACAUUUCAGAUGCACUCACUUUUAGUUUUUAUACCAAAUACAAUGAUUUAGAUAAUUUGGCUGAACUGAUAGCUUGUUUAUAAUAUAUAGCUUAUCAUCUGACCUUUGUUUUUUUGAUCCAUUUGACUUUAUUGUAGCGAUACUGAUGUGUUGCCAGAGCUCAUCAGCUACUUAGUAAAAUGUUAUCAUAACCAAUAGAACUGACAGCCUAAACUACAAAAUUAAGACCCAAGUAUAAACCAGAAAGAUCCUUUAAGCUUCUACACUACAAUAGGGCCUUUACAUAAUAAGAAAUUCACAUCAAGUCUAAAAAAGUUUAAAAUGAAAAGUAAUUUGGAUUCUCUGACAAGUGCACAUUAUGUGUUCAAUGGUCAUGGUUUAAAGAUGCAAAACUAAAGCAUUAGGAUUAGCACUCCUCAUGCUGUGCUCUACUGUGUUUUGAAUAGAGAUGAACAAAAGACAAGGCAGAAGCACAUGAUUAGAUGUAGAAAGCUUUUAGUAAACUUACUGACAUGAGCAAAAUUAGGAGGGUCAAGGAAUCUUUACGUUGGUGUUGGUACAUUUUUUGUUCAUUACCUUUUAAUAAUACUAGUUGAUAAAAUAUUAUACUGUCAACUAUUAAAGGCAGGGUAAUAUCCAACAGUUUGAAAUAGAUCUUCUGUGGUUUAGUUUAUACAGAGUUAGCCACUUUCUCGCAACUUUGUUAAUUAGUGCACAGGAAGCUAAAAUAAAGCACAGAUAGGAUAAUUUUAUCUCACAGAACAAAACAUGAAACUGUGUUAAGCUUGUCUUAACCAAAGAUGUUAUUUCAGACAUUUUACCAAAACCCCAUUUGGAUUCUGGUCACUUUUCAGCAACAUUGGUCAGCAAAGUUAGCUGACAUCAGGAUUUUAGCACUGGAUCAAUAUACAUUAUUCACUGUUGCUCCAGACGAAGAUUUUGUUAUUUCAGAUUUCAAAGGUACUAUCCAGUCAAAAUAAUGUCUGCAACAGAAACAUGAUGGUUACCGAAGGGUCCUCUGCCUCAAGAGCCUUGGUUCUUUUCCUUCUCCCUCCCCUUAUCAAGUAUAAAUCAUAAAAAACUAAAUUUACUGUUUGCCCUCAAACCAAUACUGACAUCUACAUCGGCGGUGUCAUUUUAACUGCAGGCCUUUUGAUGACUGGAUGUUACCUUUAAGGCCUUUUUAUAACUUGUAAACUGUAAGUCCCAUGCAGUUAUGAUGAACACAAAUUGUCAACGACUUGCUAGUAAAGGUAGCAAGCUACCUGCAGUAGUGUGAAGGAAAAUCCCCUGACUAAUAGGUAUAUUAUACUAUGACUCCACUCCCUGGCCAUACAAUACAUAUAGAAUGACAUUCUACAUAUCACCAACACAGACAAUUUGUUCAAAAUGGUCAGUUUGUUUCUGUUGAAUCAAAGUGUAUAAUCUAUUUUCAUGAACUGCAUGUGGAGGCUCUCUGCAAAGUUAUGACAGCCUCUUUUGUUGAUUGUCCUCAGCCCCACUUCCGCACCACAUCUGAUCCUGAAUCAGCUCCUGUAGCAUGCCCACUGUCUUGUACUUUUCUCCUGAAAAAAACUCAAACUCAUGUCUCAUUAAGUAAAGGGCUUAUUAAGAUAUACAGUACAAACAUUAUCAUCAACACACUUAACUACAUGCACAUCCAAAUUGUUAGCAGACAAAGGUUAAAAACACGGCUCAUUUCCUGUUUCUUUUUAAACUCGUACACCUGCAGUACAGAGGCACUCCACUGGCUUUUACUGGAGAGCAGGAAUGGAAACAAAUCCAGUGAGAGGACCAUGUCAUUGUUUGUGUAAGCACUAAUGGCAUAACCUGAUAAUUGUCUAAGUCAGCUGACACUUAUGUUUAUUUUAUAAAUGUUGACCAGCGUGUGAACAGAAGGGAAUGGUGUGACCUUAAGGGCUGACUUAUUCUUUAGUUUCUAGAUUUUCUUCUGUCUCUUCGAUGAACAAGGCUGUGAGAUCAGGUAUUCGAAGAUAAACAAAUGUUUUUUUUCCACACUCAAGUAUGUUGAUUAUUUAAAUGAGAUGUUCAAUCCAAUAUCUGAUGUCAAGAAUUUUAUUAUACAGCUUAUAUGAGGAUUUAAAAUACAUUUUUAUUCACACCAUGUCUAUAUAACCAGUAUAUUGGCUUAUUUUGACACUUAUGCUGUUUAGACCCUGCCCCACUCUAGACUUCCUGCUUGCAUGAAAUACAUACUGUAACUGCUCAUUGUCAUUCAGCACAGCACACCCAUGCCCAAGUUGGAUGACCGCAUUCAGUGAUAGAAAAAUGCUGCUAUUCUAUUGGCCACCAGUAGAUGGAGAUAUUUUUAUUCUUUUAUAUUGCUACUGCUGCUGAAGACCUACCACACGAGGACUGUCAUAUACACAGGAAUCAGAAAGGGUGAGCUCUGGAAGAAAAAGUGAUGGGCCUGCGGGUAAAAGUGUGCUUUUGUGUGUGUGUGUGUGUGUGUGUGUGUGUGUACGUCUGCGUAUGUGCAUAUGCAGAGAUGUAUGUUUGUGUCAUGUCGCUAAUUGCUGUGUGUUCUCUGGAGAGCUCAUUAGCAUUGCCAUGACCUUGGGGCCUGCAGGACAGGUGUGGCAAACCACCACUGUCUUUAGACCCGCAGGGACCUGCUACAUUAGUUGUCUCAUUAUUCACUGCAGCCCUGAAGCUGCAUGCAUGAAACCAUUGUACUGUACAAUGUGUAAUAACUGUGUCAGUGCCCCAAGACCCAAAACAGACUAGGGUAGGGGUAGAUCUAUGUUUUCCCUGCACCUGUCUAAUAGAAUAUUUCCCCCAACCCUUGUCUGAAAUGAGAUUUCAGAGGCAGUGCACAGAAGGUCAGGGAGAAUUAAGUGGACAAUGACCUGAAACUGGUGCCAAAGCAUACCUUGAUUUGAUAAAUCCAUUUCAAAUCUGAUAUGACAUGCUGCUUUUCAUGAUCAAACAUAAUGGGAAACAGGAGGAAAACAGGGUCUGUAAGUGUCAUAGAAAUGUGCCAUGUUAUCAACAUAUGGAUUGCACCUCAUAAGCUUCACACAACCCUUGCCAUAAACACAUGUAAGGGAUCUCUUGAAAACAUACAUGAUUUCAAUCUUCCUAUCAUGUCUGCGGCCAUGCUGUGAUGUAACAGCCAUCACAAACCAACUGUUGGACAUUCAUUCUAAAGUCAUUCAGAGACCAUGUCUGCUUUACAUGCGGAAAUGCAUCCUCACUGUGGUUGCAUGGGUGCGAAUGCUGUGCAUAUGUGUUGUCCCUCAAGCCCCUUCAUGUUUGCACCAAGGAUGGACAUUUUUGUGUGCAAGGUUUCUUCCAAACAAUAAUAGAAUUAGAUUUGACUGAUGUAAAUCUCUGAUUUUACUUUUGUUGGUAAUGUAGGCAUGCACGCAACAGUUACUCUGCUGUGCUAAUUUUACUUUUUGUGUGUUUUGGUUUGUCAUUUUUUUACUGCAUUAUACUGGGAAGAAAUUGUGUAGGGUCCUAUAGUUUCAAUCUAGAUCCCCCGACAAUGGUCUGUAGCAGUCAUAGGGUAUGGUCUGUCACAUUACAUAACACACCAACCUACAAAAACUAAAUUUGUGUUUAACCCCCUGCACAUAUAGACUAUGUAUGCCACUUGCCCCUAAUCCCCUGUGCACCCACCACCAAAUGGUAUGUACACACAAUUGCCCUCUUUCACUCCCUCUCAGCCUCUCUCUGUUUUCACAAUAGUUCCGUUCUCUAUCCUGUGGAUCUAUGCAGAAGCCCAUUUCUUUUUUGGUUGUAAAUACGUUCCCUAGUAUGCUGAACAAUGUAUGUCUUUGCGUCCAGGUUUCCUUGUGUAUUUUGAGUUGAUGUCAUGUUGUUACUUUCUUCUUCUUCUAAUUCUUUUUUUUUAUUUUGAGCGUCUGAAAUCAUUGAUGUGGUGAGGUUUAACCAAUAGACUUGUCCUCAGCUUCGCAACCUCAUUGUGAAAGGUUGUGGUUCUGUGUGUAUGAAAGCGAAGGAUUUAUGAUUAUAGAAAUGAAAAAGGUUCAAAGUCAUAUAGAAGUAUCAUUGCGAUUAUGAUUAUUAUGAUUACUAUUAUACUACCAGUAUAUUGUAAUAUUAUAGAUGCUUUAGUUCAAGUAACUUCUUUAAUUUUUUUACAAACAACUUUGAUGAAAUGAUUUAUAAAACAGUCUCACAAGUCACAAUCUUUUCGAAAAGUAUGAAAACUACUGCUACAAUGAUUAAAAUUGUGUUCUAAUGAAAAUAAAUACAGACAUGUAA